AUGAAAGUGAAUUUGAUAGUCAGCAUGAUGCAAAAAAAAGUGUUUGAUGAGGAACCUUUGAUAGAUGAUGUGGAGGUGAACAUAAUCAACUUCUGUAGUGUACUUGAUGAAGACAUUGACUUAGGCCAGCCUAAUCCGACAAACAAUAAUACAGAGGAACAUGAAGACAUUGAAGAUGAACCUUUAGAAGUCUUAGACAAUGAUGUCUUUGAGUCAUUUGCUAGUGAAAAAGAGCCUAGAAAGAAAUUGUUAAGGUCUAUUCUAAAACCAGUUGCUUGUUCAUUUGGUGAGGUUCACACUAAAGCUUUUAAUAUUGGUCACACAUUCAAGGAAAAGGAAAAAAUAAGAGAAGUUAUUGCCAACUACUCUGUAAAAGAAAGGAGGGAUCUACAUUAUGUAAAGAAUGACAAGACAAGAGUUAGGGUAAAGUGUAGGGGUAUUGUUCCUGAAUUGACUGGUGACAAUAAUAAAGGUAGGGGCAAUUUAGUACUUUCCAAGAAAACAACUUGUCCAUGGGUUCUUUUUAUAUCUAGGGCAGACGAGAAACAAGUUUGGACUGUCAAAACAUACGAAGAUUGUCAUUCUUGUUUGCAAACAAGGACAAUGAGGGCUUGUUCAUCUAAGUUUCUAGCUAACAACAUAUUGCAUCAAGUUGAAAGUAACCCCAAGAUUAGGAAUGGCAACGGGGCGGGUUCGGGGCGGGGCAUGGUUUCCCAAACCCGAACCCGAUAUCUACAUAUGUGCCCGAACCCAACCCGAUACCCGACGGGUUUUUUAUCGGGGCGCCCCGUCGGGGCUGAAACUCUCCCCGAACCCGACCCUAAACCCGAAACCCGAUAA